AUGGACAAGGACAAUCGCGACGACUUCACUUUCGCGAAGUUGAGUGACCUGAAACUGCCUGUCACAUUUCGUAUAUCACAGCUAGAGGGUACCCGAAAAGCGCACACUUACACGGAGCUCCUGGAGAAACCCGAGUUGCGCUUCCAUGGUGUCCAGCAAUCUCCGGAACUCUCAGACCUCUAUGUUACAUGUCAACUCGUGGCGGAUAACAAGCCUCUCACGAUUCCCUUCAGGACAUCACAUAAGGCGUUCAAGAAGGACUAUACAUGGAAUGAGUGGAUAACGUUGCCGAUACGCUACUGUGAUCUGCCUUUGAAUGCACAAGUCACCUUCACCGUAUGGGAUAUAGCCGGGCCGAGGUCUGCUAUCCCUGUUGGAGGAUCCACAUUCCGGCUGUUUGGGAAGAAAUGGAGUCUGCGACGCGGCAAACAUCGCUUAUUGCUCUGGCCCGACCGCGAAGCAGAUGGCUCAAUUGAGACGACCACACCGAGCAAGGUCGACACCAAGGAUGAGAUGGGCAGACUGGAGAAGUUAGUCAAAAAGUACGAGCGGGGAGACAUGCCCAAGUCUGACUGGUUGGAUUCCAUGGCAUUUCGAAAGAUGGCGGAGAUACACGCAGCGGAGACGGAGAAGUCGGAGAAUUUAUUCCUGUACAUUGACCUCCCUCGCUUCGACUUCCCUGUGAUUUUCAGCGAACCAGAGGCGUCGAAUGUAGCGUCCACGUCAGCAGUACUGCCUCAGCCUGCGACGCCUGCCCUCGUUGUGCAGCCAGCAAGCUUUGCUACUGAUGCCGGAUUGUGGCAGGUGGUCGACCCAGAUGUUGCACGUGAGAACCCAGUCGAGGACAAACACCGUCGUCUCGUCCGCAGCCACCGGAGCAGUCCUUAUGACAGAGAGCUGAAGCCUAACGCCAAGAUUAGAGACGAGUUGUCUGAAAUCCUAAACUAUGCGCCGAGUCAGCCACUGACAUCGGAAGAAAAGGAUCUUAUCUGGAAGUUCCGUUUCUAUCUUACAAGGGACAGGCGCGGACUCACCAAGUUCCUCAAGUCCGUGACCUGGCGGGAUCCUUCAGAGGUUAAGCAGGCUGUGGAGGAGUUGCUACCACAGUGGACAGAGAUUGACACUGAUGAUGCGCUGGAGCUGCUUGGUCCCAGUACCGUUGACUCGCGUGUGAGGGCAUUUGCAGUGAAACAGCUUAACAGGGCGGAUGAUGAUUUGGUCCAAGCACUUAAAUUCGAGAGCGUUGCGAGCGACCAGCGCUCGUCACGGUCGACAUCCAGCGCUAUAUCGUACGACGACAGCGGUCUCGCCGACUUUCUCAUUGUGCGCGCUGUGCGCAAUACGAUAUUGGGCAAUAGAUUCCAUUGGUACCUCAUGGUUGAAAUUGCCAUGGAAGACCAGAUUAUCGCCAAGAUGUAUGGGAGGGUAGUAUUCAAGUUUAUGAGCAAGCUUCUCGAGUCGGAGGGUGGCGUCGAGCGCCGAGAUCUUAUGCGUCGCCAGGGAGAACUUGUCGAAACACUCGCAAAGCGUGCCAGAGACUUGCGGACGUCGAAGGAUCCACGGCCGAAGAAGAUCGAGAAGUUGCGUGCAUUCCUCGCAGACUCGAAGAACAACCUCGCGUCGAUGCCGCCGCUGCCCCUACCGCUGAACGCGCGAGUACAGGUGACGGGCAUUGUCGCCGAGAAGUCAAGCGUGUUCAAGUCGAACAUGUUUCCGAUGCUGCUCUACUUUCAGUGCGCAGACGGCGGCGAGUACCCACUCAUCUUCAAGGAUGGGGACGAUAUGCGGCAGGACCAGCUCGUGAUACAGUUAUUUACCCUCAUGGACCGCCUGCUGAGGAAAGAGAAUCUGGACUUGAAGCUAAGCCCGUACGACGUACUUGCGACGGGCCCGUCACAAGGCAUGGCGCAGUUCAUUCCGAGCAAGACGAUCGCGGCGAUCGUAAGCGAAUAUGGCACGCUGCUGAACUAUCUACGCGCACACUAUCCUGAUGAAGGGAGCGUGGGCACGUUCGGCGUUGAGCCGGGUGUGAUUGACACAUUCGUGAAGAGCUGUGCUGGCUAUUGCGUCGUGACGUACCUGCUGGGUGUCGGAGAUCGCCAUCUAGAUAACCUUUUGCUAGCUCCCGAUGGGCACUUCUUCCAUGUUGACUUUGGUUAUAUCCUUGGGCGAGACCCGAAGCCCCUCGCGCCUCCUGUCAAGGUCUGCAAAGAGAUGGUUGACGCGAUGGGCGGCGUGCAGUCGGUCCACUACACGCGCUUCAAGAACUUCUGCUUCACUGCGUUCACCAUCCUGCGCAAGAGUGCCAAUCUCAUACUGAACUUGGUCACGCUGAUGGUCGAUGCGAACAUCCCUCACAUCAAGCAUCGCGAUGUGCAUGAGCAGGUGUUAGGCAAGUUCUGCUUGGACAUGACAGAAGAGCAGGCAAUCGAGCAUUUCGAGAAGCUGCUGAACGAUAUAUCGCCCUUCACUGUUGUGUUGGACCGGAUGCAUGACUGGGCGCAGUACUGGAGAAGUUGAGUGGGGCGCCGUGUUUCUGUGUUGUAUGUCCAGUGAUCUUUCCUUAUGUAUAUCCUCGUUGGAUCUGGAUUACAGUCUUGCUUG